AUGCUCCGAGAACACUUCUAUGGAGGAAGUGUUCUCAUAGGUGGUGUGUCUCGUGUCUUCGUAAACUAUUUUGCAACAGCAAAAGUUCGGAUAAUCUCACGCUGGAGAUCUUACCACGAGCUUGAUGAGACCAGGAUAAAAUGCACUACCGAAACGAGCGAAUUUUCGGCAAAUUGCCAAGUCAAAAUCCCGGACACACCAUUGUUAAACGAGUUUCGUUCACCUGUACAACAACGAAAAACCUCUAACUCAACAAUCAAUUACGAUACUUUGGAUGGUCAUCUUGAUAAAUUGAGAAGUAUAAGUGAACGAAGAAAAGCGGAGAUGGAAAAAGACGAGAUGGAAAGAAAGGCAGAGAUGAAAAGAGCUGACACGGAAAGAGCCGAUGUGGAAAAAAAAAUAGCGCAGAUGGAAAGUGACGAGCUGACAAGAAAAAUAGCGGCGCAGAUGCAAAACGUUGGCAGACAGGACUUUCGUGUUCAUGUUGAGGAUGAUUCAUUUGCAGAUUGGCCCCAAACAGUGGACCCCAAGUUUUUGAGUUUAGGGAGGACAGAUUUCAGCAUUGAAUAA